AUGGGUGAUUUCGAUUUUAGAUUCGAUAUCAUGAGCAGUCUGAUGGACCAUGCUGAAAAGGUUCCGGAAGUUGCUAAGCCCGCCAUUCAAAUGACUGCAAGUCAGAAUCAAUAUAUGAACGAUUGGAUUGAUCAUGAUAGCAGUAACAACAAUAAUAAGAGAAAGAAAAAAGGUGGUGAUAAUCAAUUCUACUCAGAAUCUGGUGGUAGUAGUAGCAGUAGUACAAGUAAUAAUAACUCUAGUAAUAAUAGUAAUAAUGACGAUAAAGAUAACACUGGAUUCGACGAGAAUAUCUAUAAUAAUAAUAACGAUAGAAAGAAGAAAACAGAACGUAUUCCGGGUCUUGAGAACAAGAAGGAACAAGAGAGAGAACAGAAACGUUUGAAACGUUUGGAACAAGAGAAACAUCUUCAAGCUGACGAUGAUAAUGAACACACAGCUACUACUUACAAAUCAUAUAAUCAAUAUAGUCAACAAUCUAAUAAUAAAAGACAACAAAGAGAUAAUAAUAAUAAGUUUGAAAAGAAUAAUAAUAACAACAACAAUAGAUAUAAUAAUAGUUAUGAAGAUAAUAAUAAUAGUUAUAAUAACUAUGGAUAUGGUAAUGAUAAUCAAGUUGUUACAUUCGAUGAGGAUGAUAAUGAAAUGAGCGUUGAACAAGUAAAGAAACAGAAACAACAACAACAACAGAAAGAGAAACAGCAACAGAGAAAGAAUAAUAAUAAACAAAAAGAAAAAGAACAAGUUGUACCUGUGGUAGAACCAAUUGUAUUUCCAAGUACAAUGAGAAUGUAUAUCGGUGGUCUAUCAGAGAAUGUAGAGCUAUCGGAGUUGUCAAAGCUAUUCACAAGUAUCUCAAGUAAUUGUAACGUUGAGCAAUUGGAGCAUGUCUACGAUGAAGUCACAAAGGUCUACAAAGGUUUUGCAUUCGCCGAUAUCUUCUUUCAAUCUCAAGAUUCUUUAACUUUAUUAUUGAACUCAUUGAAUAAAACAAAAUGGAAAGGUUCUGUACUUACAAUUGCAAAAGCAUCUUUACAUUAUAAGAAAAAGUGGGAAAAGAUGAUUGAAUUGGAGCAAAAAGAAGUACAAGAAAAGUUGGAAAAGUUGAAAAAGGUGGAGAUCGAGAUCGAAGAGGAAUAUCAGAGAAAGAAGGCACUCGAUGCGCUUCAGAGUAAGAAGAGAGAGAGAAUCGAAAAGAAGAUUCUACAUUCCUAUGUCGAUAAGUUCAAAUCGUUGAUCAACGACUAUAGCAACGGUGUCAUCGGUAGUCUCAAGAGAAACACCAGUAAGAAUGCCGAUUUCCGUUCGAGAUACGGUGCACACCAACAGGUUCAACCGGAGGAAGAGAAAGAGCUACCGGUUGUAUCGUUCGACGAUGAAAACGGUGAAGGUGAAUAUUACAAAGCCGGUGAAGAAGGUGAUGUGUAUUACGAAGGUGAUGGUGAAGGUUAUGGUGAAGGUGAAGGUGAAUACUACGAAGGUGAAGGUGAAGGUGGUGAUGAUGGUUCGAAUACAAUGAACUAUGAGAUUAAGAAGCAAUCGGCAGAAGACGGUGAGAGAAAGAGACAAGAAGCAUUUAGAAAGAGAAUGAUGGAGUUGAACAAGUCUGCACCAAAGCUACCAGAGCCUGAUGCUGACGAUCUUGUUACUUUCAGUGAUGAUGAAAAUGCUGGUGGAAAUAAUAAUAAGAAUAAUAAUAAUAAUAAGAAUAACAAUAAUAAUAAGAAUAAUAAUAAUAAUAAGAAUAAUAAUAAUAAUCAAUAUCAACAACAACAACAACAAAAUAGUUAUAAUAAUUAUAGUCAUGGUAAUAAUCAUUAUUUCGAAGAUGAAUGGGCUGAACAAGGUGGUUAUGAAAACAACGAUAACUACAACAACAGUAAUAACAAUCAAAAUAAUAAAUGGAAUAAUAAGCAACAACAACAACAGCAACAACCAGUUGAAGAUAAAUGGAAUAGAAACUCAAGAAGAUCAGAAGAUAAUCCAUUCUAUACUGAAAAAGGUGGUAACAAUUAUGAUGAAGAUCAACAAUACUAUGAUGACAAUGGUAAUCAAUGGAAUAAGAAUAAUAAGUGGAAUAAUAAUAGUAAUAAUCAACAAUGGGAAGAUAACAGUGGUUACAAUAAUAAGUGGAAUAAAGAUGACAAGUGGAAUAAAGAUGAUAAAUGGAAUAACAAUAAUAAUAAUAGACAAGCUAAUAAAUGGGAGGAUAACAAUAAUAGUAAUAACAAGUGGGGUAACAACAGAAACAAUUCAUAUGGAUACGAUGAACAACAAGAGCAAGUACCAGAGGUUCCUCUUGUCAGAGAAUGGAAGAAGAUCGGUAGAUACGAUCCACUCUCUGAGCUGAGUCAAGCAUUUGAACUUGGUAAGAAGAUUGAACCAAAGAAACAAACUGCAAAGGCAGCAGCUGCAGCAGCUAAACAGCAACCACAAGAAGAUCAAAAACAACAACAAGAUCAACAACCAACAACAACAACUGUUGUUAAUAAUAAACAACAAAAUAACAAUAAUAAUGAAAAUAAUAAUAAUAGUAAAUCAAAGAUAAAGACACAAUCAGUAAACACAGUCAAUAAUCCAAAACCAAUCUUGACACAACCAGCAGCCAUCGAGAAUCAACCAACCAAAAAGAGAACACAAGUUAUGACUUCAUGGAGAUCACUUUUCAAUGGUGGUAAUGAAAGUGCUGCUCAAGACUCUAAAGCAGCAUCAACAACAACAAAGGAAGAAGAGAGUCAAUCAUUUAAUAUAUUUUCAUUAUUUGGUAACAAUAGUAGUAUAUCAUCAUCGACUGAAGAAGAAUCGAAUCCAAUUACAUCAACACCAAUAACCAACAACACAUCUAAAUCUAACAACAACAACAACAACAAACCAAUUUCAACUGAACCAUUAAAGAAACCUAAACAAUCAUUCUUUGAUGACGACUAA